AUGGUUAAAAAGGAAUGGAGAGGGUUAGGAGAGGUACGAUUCACUGAUAAAUUGAAGGCAUUGACGGGUCCUCUGGAAAGAUGGCAUAGAGCUAAUAUUGGAGAUAUGGACAAGAAAAUUAUGAAGUUUGAGGAAGAGAUUAAGAAGUUAGAUGACAUGGUGAGUAACAGGAUUUAUGAUGGAACGGUGGAGACAAGAAGGAGGGCGUUAGUUGUGUGCUGUGAGAAAUGGUAUGUGAGGAAAGAACUACAUUGGAAGCAGAUGUCGAGAUCUAGGAAUGCGAGGGAUAUGGAUAAAAACACCAGAUACUUCCACAAUUUAGCUUCUACAAGAAGGAGGAAUAAUGGGAUUGAUGCACUGGUUAUCAAUGGACGUUUUAUAAGAAAUCAAGCUAGGAUCAAGAUUGCCAUCAACGAGUUUUAUAGAAAUUUGUACCAUCAAGAGAAGUCACCAUUGGUGGCGUUUAGAGAUGGUCUAGUGGAGGUGAUCAGUGAGAGGGAUGCUAUGGCUUUAGAGGUGGAACCGACAUCACAAGAGGUUAGAGAGCCAAUGUGGGAUUGUGAAUCAACCAAGGCUCCAGGAUGUGAUGUUUACAACAUGAACUUCAUAAAGAAGUGCUGGGGUGAAAUUAGCUAUGAAUUUACAGCAGCAGUUCUGAAUUUCUUCCAAACUUCAAAGUUAUUGGCAGAUGCUAAUGUUACGUGGGUGGCGCUGGCCCCUAAGUUUAUUGGUGCUAAGAAAAUCAAAGAUCUGCAACCGAUUAGCAUGGUGGGGUAUGUGUAUAAGGUGAUUUCGAAGCUGCUGGUUAGGAAAAUGCUAGUAGUUAUGCCAGGACGAGUGGGUGAGAGUAGGUGA